AUGUCUUCUUGUGAGCCAGGUCGUACUAGAGCUUAUUCCAAUGACAUGAGAUGGCGAAUUGUAUGGCUAAAGUUAUCAGAAGAACUGUCAUCUAGGCAAAUUGCAAAAAGAUUGUGCAUUGGAUUAGGUACAGUUAGUAGAACCAUUGAAAUAUUUCGGCAAACAGAAGAUGUUGAAAAGAGAAGAAUUACUAGUAGGCCUCAUAUUCGUGUUUUGACCGACUACCAUGAGUUUUUCAUCCUUGGACUUCUCAUGGACCAUCCAGCAUUGCAGCUAGAGGAGUUAUGCCACAUUAUUAAAGAGGCAACAAAUGUUAAUGUAUCACCACCAACUAUUUGCCGAUUGCUAAAGAGGUAUGGAUACACAAGAAAAAUUAUCAGGAGGAUAGCCUUACAGAGGUCUGUAGCUGUGAGAUCACUGUAUUUAGCUCAAAGCUACAUGUAUGACUCUAGAUGUUUCAUUUGGCUGGACGAAACGGGAAAUGACCGCCGCAACUUUCUUCGCAAAUAUGGGUAUGCAUUAAGAGGUGAACGUGCUACUAAACACACAUUUCUAUCAAGAGGAAAAAGAGUCAAUGCAAUUUUAGGUCUUUCCUUAACUGGAAUCGUUACAAGAUUACUACAUGAAGGAACAUUAGAUGGCAACAAAUUUUAUGACUUUGUUCGAGGUGAUCUACUCCCCCAGUUACAUUCAUUUGAUGGUGAAGCUGUCAAUUCUAUAGUCAUAAUGGACAACUGUGCAGUACACCACUGCUCAGAAAUAACAGCAUUACUACAUGACUGUGGCAUUGUAACUAUAUACCUUCCACCAUACAGUCCAGACCUUAAUCCUGUAGAAGAGGCAUUUAGCUACAUAAAAUCAUAUCUUAAAUUACAUGAAGAUGUACUAGAAGCCACAAAUGACCCUGUACCAAUAAUAAAUGAAGCCAUAAACAGUAUUACAAGUAAUAUGUGUAAACAAUGGAUUGCCCAUUCUGGGUAUGAAAUACAUAAAGAAUAA